UACAAUGAAUAAUCAUUUAAAUAUUUUUCCAUUUAAAAGUGUAACACUUUGUUGAGGCUUCAGAGUUGAUAUAUAACAUAAGUAAAAAUCGCAGCACAACACAUCAACUUGUCUUCCUUCCUUCCAUAACCCUGAACCAUGGAAGCAAUGAAUAAACCUCGAUACGACGCCGUAAUCCUAGGCGCCUCAGGAUUUACAGGCAAAUACGUAGUCCGUGAAGCCCUCAAGUUCCUCAACGUCCCAUCCUCGCCACUCAAAUCCAUCGCACUUGCGGGCCGAAACCCAUCUAAACUCUCCCAGGCCCUCCAAUGGGCCAUCGGGCCCAACAAAGGUCCACCUCCCGAUAUCCCCAUCCUAACCGCCGACACCUCCGACCCCUCCUCCCUCGCCGCAAUCUGCUCCCAAACCUCCAUCCUCCUCAACUGCGUCGGCCCCUUCCGCCUCCACGGGGACCCCGUCGUCGCUGCCUGCGCCGCCGCUGGAUGUGACUACUUGGACAUCUCCGGCGAGCCGGAGUUCAUGGAGCGGAUGGAGGUGAAGUACCACGACAGGGCUGCAGAAUCGGGGGCGCUGGUGGUGUCGGCGUGCGGGUUCGAUUCGGUGCCGGCGGAGCUAGGGUUGAUGUUCAAUUCGAGGCACUGGGUGGCGCCGGCGGUGGUGAACAGCGUGGAGGCGUACGUCAGCCUGGAAUCGGAGAAGAGGAUCGUCGGGAACUUCGCCACGUACGAGUCGGCGGUUCUCGGUGUUGCGAACGCGAAGCAGUUGCAGCAGCUGAGAAGGUCAAGGCCAAGAAGAGCUAGGCCUGCGAUUGCUGGCCCUCCUCCUUCCAAAGGAUCAACUAUAGAACACCAGAAGAAAGUUGGCCUUUGGGCAGUAAAGCUACCUUCAGCAGAUGCAAUAGUUGUCCGAAGAACUCUGUCCACUCUAACAGAAAACCCCGGUGGUCUCCAGGGCAUGAAUGAGAGCGCCGAUGCGGUCGCAAAAAGGGAAGCCUUCUGGUCAUGCGUGAAGCCAGCUCACUUUGGUGUGAAGAUAGGCUCAAAAUCUCUAUUGGGCAUACUCCGGAUCAUCAUGGUGGGCAUAUUCAUUGGCCUCUUAGGUAACACUGGUUUCGGAAGGUGGCUUCUCUUGACGUUUCCCUCGGUCUUCUCUCUCGGUUGGUUCCGCAAGAAGGGUCCCUCAGAAGAGGAGGUGGAAAGUGCAUCAUUCAAGAUGUGGUUUGUUGGAAAAGGUUUCAGCAAUGAGAGUAAUGCUUCACAGGGAAACACAAAACCAGACAUGGAGGUAAUAACAAGAGUAUCUGGACCUGAGAUUGGGUACGUAACCACACCAAUAAUUCUUGUUCAGUGUGCUCUCAUAGUUCUCAGCCAAAGGAACAACCUACCAAAAGGAGGAGUUUAUCCUCCAGGGAUUGUGUUUGGUCCAACUGAUCUUCAAGAAAAACUUGAGAAAAAUGGAAUGUCUUUUGAUGUCAUCUCAAAAAGCAGCAUGUCUUCCUGACUUUUUUAGUUUCAUAGUUUGCUCUUAAUAUGGAGAAAUAAAAUGUGCAUAAUACUGUUGUUUUACCAAGUUCUGCUUUAGAUGUUUUAUAUUUUAGCAACUUAAUACAAGACUAAUUCCUUUGGCUAAUUUUUGCCUGUGGGAGUGAGAUGAGUCAUAUACUCAAA